GGAGUUAUGUGCAAGGACUUCUCAUCAGUCAGUCAGCGGUGGUGGAUUUGUCUAAAGGACAUUUGGAUGCAAAACAAUAAAACAGAAUAAAAGCCAAAGAACCGAGGGACUGACUAAACAGGCAGCCAUGCGAUUGGUCAGCGUGGCGGGGUCGCGGCUCCGCAGGGCGGCUGAGGAGGAAGAGAGAGAGAAGGAGCCCCCACCUCACCAACCCCCCUCACACCACUCCAACCACCAGUUCGCCAGCAUGAAGAACAAAUUCUUCAAUGAGCUCACGCACCUGCCAAAUCAUAAACUCAAGAUGCCCAUGUGGGCCGUAGGAGCCAUUGUGGUCGUGGUCCUUGCCCUCAUCGCCUGCCUGGGAUUCUGCAUUUACAAGAAGUGCUUCAAUAAGGGCAAGAAGCCCAAGAAGGUCCGUGAGAGGAAGGGAGGACGAGGGCGCAGGAAGAAGGACAAGGAUGGAGAGGAAGGAGAUGACAAAAAAGAUGGAGAAGAAGGAGAUAAAGAGGAGGAGAAAGAGAACUUUGGCAAACUGGAGUUCACAUUGGACUACAACUUUACUGAUAACCAGCUGAUAGUCGGCAUCCUCCAGGCACAGGACCUUGCAGCCAUGGACAUGGGUGGCACCUCGGAUCCCUAUGUCAAAGUCUACAUGCUGCCGGACAAGAAGAAGAAGUUUGAGACCAAAGUCCAGCGAAAGAACCUCUGUCCCGUCUUCAAUGAGACCUUCACCUUUAAGAUACCAUAUAGUGAGCUGGGUGGUCAGACUCUGGUGCUACAGGUGUUUGACUUUGACCGUUUUGGUAAACACGACGUCAUCGGUGAGAUCAAGAUCCCCAUGAACUCAAUAGACCUUGGACAGCCAAUACACGAAUGGAAGGAUCUGGUUGGAGGAGAGAAAGAGGAGCAAGAGAAGCUGGGUGAUAUCUGUAUUUCCCUUCGUUACGUCCCCACGGCCGGUAAGCUAACAGUUAACAUCAUGGAAGCCAAGAAUCUGAAGAAGAUGGACGUCGGAGGACUGUCAGAUCCAUUUGUUAAGGUGGUGCUGCAGCACAACGGGAAGCGACUCAAGAAGAAGAAGACAUCAGUCAAACAAAACACUCUGAAUCCUUACUUCAAUGAAAGCUUUAGUUUCGAGAUCCCCUUCUCCCAGAUCCAGAAAAUCCAGGUGCUGAUUACUGUGUAUGACUACGACAAGCUGGGCAGCAACGACCCCAUCGGCAAGUGCUGGAUUGGAUAUGGCGCCUCAGGAGUCGGACUGCGCCACUGGUCAGACAUGCUGGCCAAUCCCAGGCGUCCAGUGGCGCAGUGGCACACGCUGCUUACGGAGGAGGAGGUGGAUGCUGCUCUAAAGGCCCCCAUCCGCUAAACACACUCACAGACAUGUAUAUAUGCACCAUACAUGUCAUGUACACCAUCAUCGGCAUAGUGUGUGCAUUCUUCCAUUUGAAACCAAACCAUACUACCAUCAUCGGCAUAGUGUGUGCAUUCUUCCAUUUGAAACCAAACAACUGUAGGUUUUCUAAAAUGAAUAGUAAUCUUUAAAGCUGCAGUAGGUCAUUUUUAUAACAAUCAUUUUUUGUCAUAUUUGCAAUAAUGAUAUUUUUUAUAAAACUUACCUACUGCAGGUUUAAUGUGCGUCAGAUUCACACCAUCAUUCUUUUUGUAAUAUUUCAUGUUGGGUUCUCUUUUUAUGACUAUAUGUGUACUUUAUAUUGUUUUGAAUACAUACCAUAGAAAUGUAUGCAAACCCAUUAUUUGUACUUGCAACACACACUCAAAUUUAUACCAACCUACAGUAUACACAGUGCAGCUAAAGUUGUGUUUGGCACUGGUUCAUGCAUACUUUAAAUUGAAAGGCUACACAUUUAUGCUGACUCACUAUUUAAAUGACUCUGGGUAAUUUAGCAUCAUACUUCUAUAAAGUUUGGAUACUCACAAGAGGCAGAUUUAAAAAAUGGAGUAAUAAAAAUUGAAGGCAGACUAUGCUGACUUUUAGUCACUAAAAACCCUGUAUACUACACCUCCCAUAAUGCAGCUUGAUAGUCUUUAAAAGUAUGCGUUUAUGCUCCUCCUGUCUGGUGAAUGUCUUCAUCUUUUAAACUCCCAGUUCCCAACACAGGAUUUCUGUAAAAUAAAAAUACAAAUAAAAAUGGACGUGUGAAGCCCAUUAUCAGGGUUGUUUCCUUCAACCACAGAAGACAUAAUACAACUGUUUUCAUUAUAGUUCUCCUUAUGAUGAGUGAACUGAACUUCAUGUGUAAAAUUGGUUGAGUGCCCCUGUAAUUUAUUUUCUUGACUACCUUGGUAAUUCUGAACCACUGUUUCAGAGCUGGAGUGUUUGUUUCCCUCUUUCCUUACAUUCUCCUCUUGUUUACCCGGAUAACUCUCUUAUCUUCCAAACAGUCUAAACUGGAUUUUCCUGUGAAACGUAUUGUAUUUAGCUGCAUGUUUGUACUGAUUAUUGUGGCUUCUUCUCCUGUGCUUGUGUUUGAAUGAGACCCUGAUCAGAGUGUCUGCUGGUGAAUGUGCAUAUUAAUGUGUGAGUUUGUGUGUGUGAGUUUGUGUGUGUGCGUGUGUGUGUUGUAUAUCAUAAAAAAAAUGGAAAGCUGUUUUUGGUUUUACUUUCGAUAUGUACCAUGUGAGUGUAAAUAAAUAGCUGAAUAAAUAAAAUGUUUCCAAACAACGA